AUGUCAACAGGCUAUAAUGGUUGGGGUAAAUCUAAAAAACACAGGAAAGAUGUUAAAGACAUGGAAGGGAAAAAUGGGAAUAAAUCUGCAGAAAAUGUGCAUUAUACUCAUUCUGCAUCCUCGGUGAAUGAAAAAUUACAGAUAAGGUUGAGGAAAUGUAGCUUCUUUGAAUGGAAAGAUGAAGAACAUGCAAACGGGUACUACAAAAACCUGUUAUACUCUCUGAAGCAGAAACUGGAUGCCAAAGAUGAAAUGUCUAAGAUGAACAAAUUGAGGAGAAGGAUUGCUGAAGUGGAGUUUCUGCUGUCACAGGAGCAGUAUAAGGUGGCAAAGAGUGAGAAAGAAGUUCAUGAUGCAAGGAAGGCAAUAGGCAGGUACAGGAUGAUAGUUUCCCUGUUGUUUGCUUGCUUGGCCCUAUGUGUUUUGAAGUUAGGGGGGUCAAUGUAG